AUGCCCUCCACUGACCAGCUCUAUGAUGCUUCCGACCCCGCCCGCCGCGAGGGCCUCAUCGACUCGGCUGCCGCUUCGGCCGUGACCCUCUCGACCUCAUCAGUGUCCGGCGACCCCGCCCGGGACUCGUCCUCCCUCGUCUCCGUACAAUCGCUGCAGAAGAGCACUGACGCCUCCUCUGUCGAUAGCAACAGGCUCGGAAGCACCUCCGAGAGCUCGACCAGGCGCUUCCUCAGCCGCUCGCCCUCGACCAAGCGCGAGGCAGUCAGGGAAGCUCCGCGAGAGCCCCUUCCUGCGUCCGCCAGCUUGGUCGGGGUCAGCUACCCAGUCGCCCUGAGCGACUCGACGGUUGUGGUGGAGGAGAUUGUCAAGCUUGACGAGGCCACCGGUCUGCCUCUUGCCCCUCUCAAGGAGAAUAUCGAAUUCCAUACUGCGUUCCCUGCUAUCGAUCUGACCUUCUCGCUUCUCAACCACUAUUCGUGCGCCAUUCACAAGGACGUGCUGAUCCAGGGCCGUCUUUGGAUAUCGCAGCACUGCAUCAGCUUCAAGGGCUGGACCAAUCUCAGCGUCACCAUCAAUUUUGACGAAAUCGUCCACAUGGAGAAGAAAACAAUCGCCUAUGCCUUUCCAAACUCGAUUCUGAUCGAAACCGAAUCAACCCAAUACUUUUUUGCUAGUUUCCUCGCCCGCGAUGAGGUUUUUGACAUUCUGUCGAGACUGUGGGACGUGCAUGUUCCGACGACGAGCGCCCUCCGCAAGUACCCCGACAUGUCUGCUCUGGUCUGCGUCUGCAAUGGCGUUGGCGUCUGUGAGGCCUGCUUUAUCAGGAAGCGGGUCGAGCGGGAGGAGCAGGCGCAGCAGGUACAGCUGGCCAAGAAAGCCAAAUCCAAGGCUGUCAAGCCAAACAGUGGCUAUCUCUCGUCUCAGUGGGAAACCGGAAGUGAAGACGAAAGUGGAGCCCGAACCGGAAAGCAGUGGAAGUCCUCGCUAGGGAUCAAGCGACGAAAGCCCCGGAACGGUACCACCAGCGAUCUAGAUCGCAGCCAAUCCGAGCUCGACCGGGUCUACCUGGCGCCGCCAGCCUCCAGCAGCAGCGUGCGCAUCGCAAACAUCAGCAGCGAAGCAGUCUCGGCUCUCUCUGUCGAGGAGCCCGCAUCGGUGCCGGUUGAGGAACCCAGCACACCACCGGCAAAUCUUCCUGCCGCCCCCGUUCAAUGCCCUUGCGAUGCGCAAAGAGGCAUCGUCGAUGUCCUCGACAAGGUCUACGAUAUUCCUUUCGAUCGCAUCUUUGCCCUCCUGCUGACCUUCCCUCCCAAGGCCCAAGGAAACAGCUUCGUUUUGAAUUUGCUCGAAAAGCGCAACUUUACCGAUGUCCAAGUUUCACCCUGGGGUCCCAACGGGGCACAAGCACCGACUGAGGCCGGUCCCAACAUUGGCGGCGGUAACUUUGAGCCCUCGCCUGACAGCCUGCAAGUGGGCGAUAGCCACAGACUCAACUAUGUGAUUCCACUGGGUCUGCCCAUUGGUCCCAAAACCACACAGUGCACCAACAGCUUCAAGAUCCUGGCCAUCCGUCCGCACCACUAUGUCUGUGUCCACCAGAUUACCGAGACGCCCAACGUGCCGGCAGGCAACUGCUUCCGAAACCAUCUUCGGAUCUGCCUAACGUUCCAGACACCCAAACGCACCCGUCUGGUAGUGACCGGCCGCUGCGAGUUUUACAAGUCCUCGAUGCUCAAAGGCACGAUCGAGAAGAGUACCGCCGACGGUUGGCGCGGACAUUACGCCGACCUCGAUCUGAUGCUUCUGGAACAAGCCACCCAGUUCCAGUCCAGCCAUCACAACCAGUUGGUGCACUCGGACGGAGAGCUGGCCAGACCACAUCAGUACCAGCACCAACAUCAGCACCAGCACAAGCACUCGCACUCACGCCACGGAGCAGCCAUUCAGGACGAAACAGGCUCGCUGCCCCAGCUCAAGCAAGCUGCAUCGUCCUCGACCCUGGGUACGCUGCGCCGACAGCGAUCGAAGGUCUUGGACGAAGAGCCCAGCUGGCUCGAUCAGCUGCUUCCGGAUACCCUCGAUGCCCUCGGGCCUCAAGCGGUCAUUUUGCUCCUGGCCUUCCUGCUGCUCUUCCUCGUGCUUCUGAUCACCAUCAACACGGCCGUGCUCUGGAAGGUGGCCGAGAUGGUGCGCCGGUUUGACCGGCGGGUGGGUGUGCUUGAGUCGCGGCUGCAGACCGUGCUGGAGCUCCUCAACCAAGCCCAGCCCUGA